GGUUCAAAGGAGAAGAUCCAGCUGAGAAGCCGACAGGCUCCCAUCAAAAUCUGGAAAGCAAAACGGGAACUUGUGUUCCCGGGAAGGGAGAAGAGAACCUGGAUGCGGACAGCGACUCGCGAUCCCAUAGCAGCGAUGGCGAGGAGACGGUUGCUGAGGGAGUCCCGGAGAGACGCGGUGAGCAGCGAGCUUCUGGGGCAGGUGACGGGGACCUCCGUGGUCGCCAAUCGAAGCAAAGCCCGAGGGACUCCAGAUCUCCCAGCAAGGAAAGACCUCCGCGCUCCCCUCCGGCGGAGCAGCGAGACCGCCAAAGGGACGAAGCCCACCAGAGCGAUGACAGAAAUAGCCAGAGAAGACAUGGAAAGGAUGAGCGAAGCCGGAGCGACGGCCAUCACAGGAGACGAGAAGACCGAGAGGACCGGCAAAAGAGGAAGGACUGGGAGGAGGAGGAGGAAGAGAAGCGAGAGCAGAGGAGAGGAAGAGAUAAGAAGGAACAUCGGGCCAGAGAGAAAGACCGAGAUGGAAACAGGGAAAAAGGACGGGGGAGGGACUCAGACCGAGACGAGAAGACGAGGAGGAAACACAGCUCAGGGUCCGUGGCCCAAGAAGACCCCCAAACUCAAGGGGGGAACCUUCCCAGCCCUGAGAAAUCCGCCGAGGUGACCCACAAGGCUUCCGAAGACAGCCGGGAGACCCUCGAAAAGCCGGCCGAGAAAGUCAACAAAUUCGCUAAGCGCAGCAACCAGGAGACCGUCUCGUCUGCCCGGGACCGAUACCUCUCCCGGCAAAUGGCCCGCGUGGGCCCCAAAGCCUACGUGGAAAAAGAGGAAGAUUAGGUGAGGGGCUACCCUGCUGGGACCGCAGGAAGAAGGGACUUUGGUUGGGAAUCUCAGGGCCUUCCGAGUGGAGGGAAGAGUGGGCUAUUUAUUUCAGAAGGUUCCGCGUGCGAGGAGCGACAGGACGAGUCUCGGAGGGAGC